AAAAAAUCCAAAAAACAAAAAUCCCUCGCAUCAAAACCAAAUUAUACCGCCAACACCUCCACCCACCAACAACCAACAAUAGAGUACAAUAUCAAGUCUUCAAUAGAAUUUAAAGAAGGGCAAGAUGGUAAAGCUCCUGUCUACAUCGCCAUUGAAGGAAUCAAGAGCAUCUGACUCUAAGGGCUUGAAGCUUCGCCAUUCUGUAUUUCUGUUUGGACUGCUCUUAGUGGCUGCGCAGUUGGCUGUGGAUCAUGGAGCUACUAUAGCCUUCAGUACUGCUUAUACAGGAAAUUGGGGGAUUUCAGAGCAAUCUACAUUGACUGCUGCCAAUGGUACUACAUCUACAUCUACUGCAUCUACAUCUACUACCACUACUUCUACUACCAACAAUGACAAUGACCUGCAAAAGCAAGUUUUAUCACUUCAGCAGCAAUUGGAUUCUGCACUGAAGAAGGAAGCAAAUUCUCAAAGGGAACUUGAAAGUGUCAAGCAGCAACUUGAAAAGCUUGGAAAGCUUGAAAAGCUACCAGCAGGUACUGCAAGUUCCACUAGUGCCAAUGGUGCAAAUGGUGCAAUUGCUGCAGUAGACAAGAGCAAGUUUCCUUUUGCCAGACCGCCGGCCAAACGGGAGUUUCAAGAACCGUAUGACAGAGUGGUGGUGGCCACCAAAAUUCACGGACCUCAUCAGUUUUUACUCAUCCGACAAAUGCUCUGCUUGUUCACGUUUGCAUACAACAAUCGCAUGAAAUAUGACGUCAUUGUAUUCACCACAGACCCUCUACCAGAAGAAGAUGUCAAACAUCUACAAGACCUAGGAGCGCCUGCCAAAGUAUCCGUUGUCUUGGACAGUCCUGGUCUGCAUGAAAUGAUUGAUAAUCUGGAUCCACACAGAAAGAAACGAUUCCUAGAUCGAUGUGGAGCCAACAAAACUACAGAUCUCGAUUGGUUCUCCAAUUGCUGGGAACAUUCGGGAAUCACAUCCAGACUCGCAUACAAUUGGCAAGCGGAAUUCAGAUCACUACAUGUAUGGAAUCACCCUGCCAUGAUGCCAUACAAAUACAUGAUGUGGUUGGAUUCAGAUGCUUUUGCAGGAGAAAUUUGGACAAGGGAUCCCAUUGCUUACUUUAUUGAAAACGACCUCGUCAUGUUCUUUGAUAAUUUUGGACAAGGAACCACAAGGGGAGCACUCCAAGAAAAUAGAGAACGAUUCGAACAAGCAUUCAACAAAACUAUCAGAAACGUGAGAAUCCACGAGGGACAUUUGGCGGCUGAUCCAGGAGUUGGUGCAAUACAACAAAUACAUGGAUUUUUCCACAUUACAAAUCUAGAAUGGUUCCGAACAGAACCCGUCAUGAAAUGGAUGCGCAUUCUGAUUGGGGAGGAAUUCUUGACACGCAGAUUCUGCGACCAAAUGGCCGUCACGGGGGCGACGGCCGUUUUGGCUCCAGAGAGAAGUUGGGAUAUGCGCUCACAUGCCAUCAAACUAAAUGUAUUCCACAAUAGCAGGUGGGAUGGAAAAGAACAGACCAAGGGACAUUUCAAAAGAUACUGGAAUGAACAGGGAGGCAAGGAUAAAUUCCCACCAGAGGCUGCAACCACCUGCACUAUUGCUGCUGCCCAAUAAGCAAUCAUCGCCAUCAGAUACGGUACUCCGUUUCGUUUCCGCAGACAUCAACCUUCAUACAACAACAAUCAAUCAUCGCGUUUACGUAAUGUAUAGCUACGUCUACAUUUAUAAUACCCU